GCCGCGCCUCCCCCCCUCCCGCGGGCGCGGCGCCGGCGGGGGCGGCCGGGCGCGGGCGGGCGUGCGUGCGAUGGAAACGCACAUCUCGUGCCUGUUCCCCGAGCUGCUCGCCAUGAUCUUCGGGUACCUGGAGGUGCGCGACAAGGGCCGCGCGGCGCAGGUGUGCACGGCCUGGCGGGACGCCGCCUACCACCGCUCGGUGUGGCGGGGCGUGGAGGCCAAGCUGCACCUGCGCCGCGCCAACCCCUCGCUCUUCCCCAGCCUGGCGGCGCGGGGCAUCCGGCGGGUGCAGAUCCUGUCGCUGCGGCGCAGCCUGAGCUACGUGGUCCAGGGCAUGGCGGACAUCGAGAGCCUCAACCUCAGCGGCUGCUACAACCUCACCGACAACGGGCUGAGCCACGCCUUCGUGGCGGAGAUCAGCUCCCUGCGCUCGCUCAACCUGAGCCUCUGCAAGCAGAUCACGGACAGCAGCCUGGGCCGCAUCGCCCAGUACCUCAAGGGCCUGGAGGUGCUCGAGCUCGGAGGCUGCAGCAACAUCACCAACACCGGCCUCCUGCUCAUCGCCUGGGGCCUGCAGCGCCUCAAGAGCCUCAACCUGCGCUCCUGCCGGCACCUCUCCGACGUGGGCAUCGGGCACCUGGCGGGCAUGACCCGCAGCGCGGCCGAGGGCUGCCUGGGCCUGGAGCAGCUCACGCUGCAGGACUGCCAGAAGCUCAGCGACCUCUCGCUCAAGCACCUGGCCCGCGGGCUGGGCCGCCUCCGCCAGCUCAACCUCAGCUUCUGCGGGGGCAUCUCGGACGCGGGGCUGCUGCACCUGUCGCACAUGAGCAGCCUGCGGAGCCUCAACCUGCGCUCCUGCGACAACAUCAGCGACACGGGCAUCAUGCACCUGGCCAUGGGCAGCCUGCGGCUGUCCGGCCUCGACGUCUCCUUCUGUGACAAGGUGGGGGACCAGAGCCUAGCCUACAUCGCGCAGGGCCUCGACGGGCUGCGCUCGCUGUCCCUCUGCUCCUGCCACAUCAGCGACGAGGGCAUCAACCGCAUGGUGCGGCAGAUGCACGGGCUGCGCACCCUCAACAUCGGCCAGUGCGUCCGCAUCACCGACAAGGGCCUGGAGCUCAUCGCCGAGCACCUCAGCCAGCUCACGGGCAUCGACCUCUACGGCUGCACCCGCAUCACCAAGCGGGGCCUGGAGCGCAUCACCCAGCUGCCCUGCCUCAAGGUGCUCAACCUGGGACUUUGGGAAAUGACUGAGAGUGAGAAGGUCAGGUGAGAGGAGGAGGAGGGUGCCCCGAGACCUCCAUCUCCUCUGGAGGGACUCACUGACUGACUGACUGACUGACUGCUGCAGAGGAGGAGAGAAAGAGAGAGGGGCAUGCACACAGACAUGCUACCCACGCACUCUGGCACCACAGGGAGGAACACAGAGAAAGAGGGAUAUACCCUCGACCCUUCUGUGCUGCCUGCCUGUCCUUGCUGUGGAGGAGGAGGAAGGGGGACCAGGAGGACAGAGAGAAAGCACCUAUCCAUUUUCCAGGUCACGCCUCAAGCUCCGUGCUAGGGAGACAGAGCUCUCUCCCUUCCCACAGCAUCCUUCCCUGCGGAAGAGGUAGAAACCCACACUUAUGCACUGGGGCUAGAGACACCCCUCUUUGUCCCCACUCCCACAUUCCAUCCCCUCAAGCACUAAGGAUGGAUAAAGAAAGACCCUUGUUCUGCCAUGUAUUCAGAAUAGAUUAUUUUUGGUUUAUAUAAGGGAGAGUGGAAAUGGAGAUGGGAACAAAAAAAUAGUUAACAGCAGCAAAGGCUUCCUAGCUACACUUGUGUACCCAGCCACCCAGUCAUCCUGUGCUGGGCACAGACAGAGCUUUGGAUAAAACCACCAUUCCACCUCUGUGCUUGCCCCUCCCCUGUCAACACAUUUGUGACAGAAAUACUGCUCCCUAGGUACAUUGAUUUUUUUUUCCCCCUUUUAAAUCUCUCUUCAGUCUCCAGUUUCAUGUUAUUCUCUGCUGUGGGUGGAUACAACCUCCCACUAUUCCAGUUCUCCACUGCACUGAGACUAGCGAUAGCUACAGCCUCCCCUUUUGUCAGUAUGUUUCCAUGUCAUCCUGCACUAUGGGUAAUGGAAAAGUCCAGGCACUCCAUUCUCUCUCCCCAUCUCUCCACUGGAGAUGAAAACACCAUUUCCUCCUCCUCCUGUCUCUGUGGGGGCUGGACACAGACCCCACUCUCUUAAGCCUUCCUGUGCACUGGGGGACUCUGAGAGUUGCUGAGACUUGUCUUCCCUUUCAUCAUUCUCUCUUUUUCUCCCCUCCUCCUCCUUGGCAACAGGGAUAGACAUAUCCAGCCACAUAUCCAUUCCUCUCUGGGUUGGGGGUGAGCAGGUAGAAGGGAGUUCUCGCUCCUCUCUACCUGGGGGUCAAGAGGAAGAAUCUCCAGCUUCAUUUCUGCUUCAUUUGAGAUACUGUGACCUGUUUUUAUUUUGAAAUGCAUAAAAAAAAUUACUGCUACAAAAACAGCCUCUUACUCUCCCAUCUAGCCCUUGCUUACAUACUGUAAUUGAUCCCAGUUUUCCUCACUCAUUCUCCCCUUUACAGUAUUCAUUUUCUUACAUGGUUUUAUUUUUAAAGACAUAUGAAGUUGCUGUUCUUGUGGAUUUUUAAGUACUUUUUUUUCUGCUGAAUAUAUUCUAUAUAUAUAAAUAUAUAUAUGAUGUCUGGCUACCUCGUUUUAAUUUGUUACUUUUUUUUUUUCCUCCUCAAAAGCCCUGGAAUUCUUACAGGAAAGAGAUUUUGAGACUGAAACAUUUUUGUGCCUAGACUGGAAUAAUGCCCCUUGGGUUUGUUCUUAUUUUAUCCCCUCCUCUUCCCCCACCCCUUUUUUUAAUUUUUUUUUUUUUAAUUUUACAUUUUUGUUUUUAGGCUUACCCUACUGUGUCCCACCUCCACAUUCUGGUUGUGCCU